ACGGGUCGAGAGAAAGAAUACGUGGGGGAAUGGUGAAUUGGGAGUUAUGUAAGUUGGAAGAAUGGAGAGAUAAGAAGUAGAAGUGAGCAAAAUGGGUGGAGAGCUGCAUAGGAAUUCUGUACUGAGUGAUGCGAAGAUGGGCAAAGGAGACGAAGAGCCGCAGUUAAGGAAGGUCAGAAGUCGGGAAGUGAGCUCAAGAUACAUGCUUCCCACCAUUUCUUCAUCCGCCGCCUCUGUAUCUCCGUCCAAUAAUGAUUCGCCCAGUUUGCGCAGAUCGAGUUCUCCAAACAGUCGGAGCACCAGAAGGCUCAAUGUGAGUGUUGAGAGUUCUUCUCCAAAUGGUCGAAGUGAUGGUCGGAGCGUUAGUUUUGAGAGUACUGGGCGUUCACCGUCGGUCGAACGGCGGGCGGGUCCGCGGGUGCGGGGGUCGACGGGGCUGUGGCCGGCCUCUGCUCUGAACAGCGAUGCUCCCACAUUGGCCGACCACCUGGGCAUAAGAAAGAAAGUCCCGAAUCAAGCCCAACCGCAAUCCGAGCAUCGUGUUCUUAGUGCAAAAGACAUAGUUUCCAAUUCCAAUGUUUUGCACAGUGACAGCAGUAACAGAGUGAGAAGAACAGGGGAGCCAUGGAAGGAGAACAUCCACAAUGGAUUUCUUUCUUCCACAAAAUCUGGGCCGGCUCUGAACAAGAGCAUGGACGCUGUGACUAGAUUGAAGAGCGUGGGUCGAUCCUCGUCGUUGAAUUUGCCAGGACGGAGUUUCAGAAACAAUGAUAUCAAAGCUGCCGGUUUGAUCAGUCCCGGUCGGCAUUCUGUGGAUUUGGAGAAGCCUGUGAGACGAGUGAAGGUCGAAGAUAUCGAUGGGGAUAUCAAUUCGAAUUCUUUUAGUUCUGAUGGGAAUGGCAGUAUUGAUGGAGACACGGAGAAUGGGAAAAAAGUGGUAAAAAAAGUAAUGAAGGGUAGCUAUGUUCCGGCCCGCUUUCUGCAGGACACGUUGAGCAGGCUCCGGCGCAUGUCGGAAAAUGGGCAUUUGCCCGGGAAUAAUCACAGUAAAGUUAGCAAGCCUUUUUCUUCUUCGUCGUCGUCUUCACUGUCGUCUUCUUCCCCGUGGGCUAUGUCUCCUGGAAGGGAGAUUGUGGCUCCAAUGGAAUCACCUGGAAUUGUGGCGAAACAUUCAGAGUGGGAUCCUGCUAAAACGGGUAGUCGAAUGAGCAGUGUGUUGAACUUUGGGAUGGAUAUGCUCAAGGGGAAGGGGAAGGGGAAGAGUAGAGUGAAAGGCAAGGUGGUUGCACAGGAGGAAAUUCUUCAUCAGUUGCGCAUGUUGCACAACAGAUUUAUGCAGUGGCGCUUCGUUAAUGCUCGCGCACAGGCUGCACAAGAAACGCAGGUUGCUUCGGCUCAGACCUCGCUGUACCAUGUAUGGCUGAAAACCUCAGAACUGAGGAGUCGUGUUGUGAUAAAGCGCGUGCAUUUUCACAAGGCAAGACACCAACAGAAAGUGCACACAGUGGUUGCAGCUCAUGCUGCUCGGUUGGAAGAAUGGGCAGGGUUGAAGGAUGAGCAUGAAUGGGCAGUAACAAGGACAAUGGAAUGCUUAGAUGCAGCCACUGUAAGAGUCCCUCUCGUUGCAGGUGCAAAGGCGGAUGUACAAGCUGUGAAACAAGUUGUCAGAUUUGCUGUAGAUGUCAUGCAUGGAAUACAGACUAAUGCAACCAAGUUUUUGGUACAGGCAGAGAAGGUGGAUGCAUUGCUUCCAGAACUUGCUGAAACUGUUGCACAAGAAAUAGCACUUCUUCAAGAGUGUGUGGAGUUAUUAGCUGGAUUAACUUCUUUAGAGGUGGAGGAGAACAGUCUGAGGACUCAUUUGGUUCAGUUGAACCAACAAAAGUUAUGUGCACAAUGACUUAACAUGUGCAGUAACCUCAAAGCAUGAUAAUCAACACGUAUGUAUAUAAAAAAUAUAUUCGUGCAUUACUCUAAUCUAUGUAACCCCGUUCCUUUAUCUCAGCAUGUAAUUUAUUCAUGUUGUCUCUGAUCUUCUCCCCCUCUACGGUAAACAUAAAUGAAGCAGGGGAUUAUCAAUCAAAAGCCAUAUUUUAUCUCUUUUA